UUAUUAAUUAAAUCGAAUGGGGAAACCUAAAAUAUUAAUAAAAAAUUUGUAUGAAAUUUUGCAGGUAAGUUAUUAACACUUAAUCAAUAGUCUGGAAAAUUUAAUUGUAUUAGAUGGACAAAUAAUGGAAGAGCAUUUAUAAUAAUUGAUCCUGAUGAAUUUUAGAAUUCAAUAAUGCCAGAAUAUUUUUAUUCAACUCAAAUAAAGUCUCUUUAUCGAUAAUUAAAUUCUUAUGGAUUCAAGAUGAAAAGUUUAGAAUUUAAUUAAAAAAUGUUUUCCCAUAAAUGGUUUAUUAAAGGAAAUAUGUAUUAAGUAUCUUCUGAUUUAAAAGAUCAUCACUUUAUAAGGUAGAAAGACAGAGAAAAAAGAAGAUUGCUCAUUUAGAUAAAGAGAAAGAUUCAAUUACUAUAAUUAAAGAGGAGAUGAAAUAAUUAAAGGAGGAAUUAGAAACUUUAUAAAGUCAAUAAAAUUCGAUAUUAAAAUAAAUUAGAAUUCAUUCUAUAAUAUAGACUAACAUUUGUAAAAAUAUCAAAAAGAUUUGUGAUGAAUAAAAGAAAUUCAAUUUAGAAAGAGAAUAGGAAAGACGUCUUGUAAUUUAUUUUACAUCAAUGUUUUAAAUAUUUAAAGGCUUCCAAUUUGAAAUAGCCUCAAACAUAAUACGAGAAUUAAAAGAUAUUGGUGGACCUUAAACUCCUUCUUUUUCUCCAAUGAUAUUUCCAUAUAUGUGAUUAGUAGAUUAGUAGC